AACCUUCCUUCUUCCACUGCACUUGCCGCCAGUGCCUCCAACUCUCUUUCUCUUUCACUUUCCUCAAGCGGUUGCUGCUUCGCCUGUAUGUUCUGAACGACGAUCUGAAUUGCUUCAUUUUUUCUUCUCUCUAUACAAACAGAAGAAUAUGCCCUCAUCGUUUAUAGAACGCUCAUUUCAUUCAAUCUAAACAUCUCUCCCUCUCUCUAGAUUUAUCUACCUUACUUAUCUCCCCUCCCCCCACCAAAGAGUGACGAACCGCGCCCGCCGCCCACCGAAACCUCCCCGCCAUCCAUCCUAUCGCACUCAACUCUCGCCCAACCUUGUGCCCCGCGACGAAACACUUUCUGCUUCUGCGAGCACGACAGGUCCAAAAUCUUCGUCCUUCGACCCUCGCGAAUGCGAAUCUGAACGAUCCGACCUGCCAUGGUGAUAAACGACUCUGGCAUUAGAGUCUCGCGCCCCAAUCUCGCCAUGACCGCUCCCGCACCGACAACCACCGCCGCCGCUGGCACCGUCGCGCCCUCCACCACUGACGAUACUGCAUCUACUAUCACAGUCAACACAAAAGCGCCUGCUAAUAAUUUCCCUCCCGCAAAGACGGACAAGCCACGUCCUCACGUCUGCGGCACUUGCCAGCGUUCGUUCGCCCGAUUGGAACAUCUCAAGCGACACGAACGCUCCCACACCAAGGAGAAACCCUUUGAGUGUCCCGAGUGCUCAAGAUGUUUUGCUCGCCGUGACCUUCUGCUGCGUCACCAGCAAAAGCUGCACCAGACUUCGACCCCGUCCUCCCGUCCUCGUAAUCGUCGUGAGUCCACAACCGGUGUCGCUCCUGGUCAGAGCCGUGCCCGAAAGAACAGCGUCGCUGGAGCCAACGCAGUUGCCGCUGCCGCUCCGGCUUCAAAUGCCUCAAACACCAUGCGACCCCGAGCCAACACCCUUGGCCAUAUCGACACAAUGGCUCUCAGUAUGGCCACUGCCUCUGCCAAUGCCUCCGUGGCUCGUGGGCCUGUUCAUGGUCAUAGUAGACACCCCAGCCUCGCUGGCUUUCCAGUCCACACCAUGGAUCCUCUCUAUGGUGGCAUGUCCGCUGCUAUGGGUCAACGAGCUAUGCAUCCUGGCAUCCCUAAGCUGGAAACAGGAGCCUUUAGUAAUCUCGACUAUGUUAACCCUCUCAGGACGGCCCCGAUGUCCUUCAACGAGUUCGAUUUCGACACCAUGCUCUUUGGGACAGCCACGACAGUAAACCCAAACAAUCUCCAUUACAGCGACUCACCGCAGGUGAUGAAUAUGGAAAACUCACCCUUUGGGCACUCGAUGAACGACAUGUCUACGAACCCCCAGUUCGACGACCCCGUUGACUGGUUGACUGGUUUUGAGCAACAGAUGUCAUUUGCGAACGAAAAUGUGAUUGAUGAUGGAUCGAGUCCGUCCGCAAUCAGCACGACGAGUCAGAGUGGGAUUAGCGAUGUUAUGUUGGAUGGGUCGAAUCAUCCCGCGCCGGCUGGGACCAGUACCAUGUGGCCGACAUCUGUGAUGGCCCCUCCACAGAUGCCCACGAACCCUUUUGCGAUGGAAAUGAAUGGCACAGUCUUUCCGGAUCUCCUUAGCGGAGCACCGUUAUCACCUCAGCCAGCUACUCAAAAGAUGAAUGACCCUUACUUCUCUACGCCUCCACCCUCGCUGAGCUCAUUGAGUCCCUCUGUUGUGACGGGACUCGGCACCCAAAACAUUAACCAGACCCUUGGCUUCAACGCCGGCCCGGAGACGCCAUCUUCUCUAAAUGGGGGCAACCACGGCGCUUCGCCAGUGACCACCAUUACAGAUGCUACCCGGCAUGCCAUCGUGAACAUCCUGUCCCAGUGCCUACCCUUUGGGGGUCGUAAACAUUCUUUUACUUCUCAAGGAUCACCCCAGUCGCCACUUUCCCAGUCUGCCGGCAAUGCCGUCUCGUCCCAAGCAGCUAAUCUGCCCAGUACUCAGGACCUUCAGCGAUAUGUCGGUGCCUAUCUAGCAUACUUCCACCCCCAUUUGCCUUUUCUUCAUCUUCCUACUUUGUCCUUCGAUAUGCCCAUCUCUGCCAAUAGUCGUCCAGGUGUAGGUGGUAGUGGUUGUCUGAUAUUGUCCAUGGCCGCUAUUGGCGCGCUCUACGAGAUGGAUACUGUCCAAUCCCGAGAGCUGUUUGAAAUGGCCAAGAAAAUGAUCUUUUUUUACCUUGAGGAACGUCGAAAAGCCGAUGUCCGAAAAGCAGAUAUCCGCCGAAGUACCCCAACUGACCAUAACAAUGACGGCGGCGCUCACACUCCCGUGUGGCUUGUGCAAGCCAUGCUUCUAAAUGUUGUAUAUGGCCAUAACUGUGGCGACAAGACCGCCAGUGACAUCGCUUCGACGCAUUGCGCCGCCUUGGUCAGCCUCGCACAAGCAGCUGACCUCUUGCGACCCAAUCGCCCCAACGCCUCUGACGGUCAGGAUGUUCAGAUGAGUGAUGACCGAAACUGGAACACGAAUCUGGAGCCUGAUCAAGCAGAGUGGCUGCGGUGGAAGUCUGGAGAAGAGCGGAAGCGAACUUUAUACGCUGUGUUUAUACUUUCCAGCCUCUUGGUUUCCGCCUACAACCACACACCUGCGUUGACAAAUUCAGAAAUUUACCUGGACCUCCCUUGCGAUGAAGAGUUAUUCUCAGCUGAGACGAGCGCAGUCUUCCACUCACGCGGUGGAGCCGAGGCUGCAAACCACAACCGGAUGACAUUUCACGAUGCAUUGGGUGACCUCCUUCAUGUCAAUGAGAAACAGCAUCAAUUCUCUUUUGGUGGACAGUUUGACACCGAUGGAAGCGACCCGAUGAGUGCACCUCUUCGACCCAGCACAUUCGGAUCUCUGAUACUUAUCAACGCACUGCACAACUACAUCUGGGAAACACGACAAAGACAUCACAACAAAAUCUGGACAAAUGAAGAGACAGAGAAGAUGCAUCGGCACAUCGAGCCUGCCCUGAAGGCGUGGCAGGCGGCCUGGGCAAGCAACCCUCAUCACAGUGUAGAACGUCCCAACCCUUUUGGUCAAGGCCCUCUGUCAGCUGACGCGAUCCCUCUGCUCGAUUUGGCGUAUAUUCGGCUUUUCGUCAACCUUUCACGCUCAAAAGAGAGGUUUUGGCAAAGGGAUUGGGACGGGAUGGCUGAGGAGCUUUCUCGGGGAAAUGAGAUCGUUCAGCAUGCUGAGCAAUCACCGAUCUCGAAUUCUGAGUCUGGCAGUGCCGAACCUUCGGAUAACUCAAUCAAUGGCUCAGGAUUCGUGGAAACGCCUGCGACACAGACGUCAUCGAUGGAUUUCUCCAAUACUACGCUUCCUCUACGGCCAGCAUCCUCUAGUAUGUCGAGUCACACUACAUCUCGCAGGGAAAAGCAUCUUCGGAAGGCAGCUUUCUAUGCCGCCGACUCCCUCGCCAUGUCGGAUAAGCUCGGUGUGACCUUUGCCGACUUCACAAGUAGGGAACUUCCUCUUCAGUCUGCCAUGUGUGCAUUCGACUGCGCCCAGGUUCUUGCAGAGUGGAUUGCGACGUUGCAGGAUCGUGUUGGCUGCUACUUGGGAAUUCUUGGUCAGGAUCAAGUCAAUCUCUCCGAGGUUCCUGCCAUCAUGCUUCUGGAGGAAGAAGAUGUAAAGCUGCUGGGCAAAGUCCAAGAAGUGCUAUCGUCAGCAGAGAUGAAGAUGAACAUGGAGCUUGUCAAUGGCAUGAACGGCCAGGAAGCUAACCUGGACAUGGGUGGGCACAACGGCUACGCUUCCAAGCUACUCCGAAUCACUGCAUUGAUGCUUGAUAAGGCUGCAGUGUGGCCAGUGACACGACUCAAAGCUCGAUGCCUGGAAUCUCAUGCAAACUUCAUGCGAACACGGGCUGAGAGGUCCAUCAUGCCCCAGCAAAACGCACACGUAUAAGACCAGAUGUAGGAAAAGAGCAUCUUUACAGUUUUGUUUCCUUCAAACCGAGUAUCAGCACUCACGAAUCACGUUGAGAUGCAUGGAAGGACAUGAAGCGAUAUUUGUUUAUGAUUUACAGCAAACUCGAGCAACGGCUUUACGCAUCAUGAGAUCUUUCAUGUGAGCAUCGUACACAAAAGUCUAUGCUUUGUUUCUACUUGCAAAAUUUUGUUUCUGGGCUUUGUUAUUCGUAUGAUCUGUCAGUUUAGCGUCAGGGGCGUUUGGUGGCUGUCUUGUCAGCAGCUCCGAUAUCGCCACAGUUGGUAUUGGAAGCUUGCGUAUUAUAAGCUUUGCUUGCUUUAUCGUGAAGGAUUGGUAGGGAUUGGCACGAAUUGCACAUGGUAGUGCCGUGGUCGCACAUGGACAUGAAGUCGCUGGAAGGACUGGUGAUUGAAAGGACACGCAGCGAUCGUUGUCGGCUCACACACACGCGUCAUAACAACAUUCAAACUUCAACAAGGAGAAUGUCACCCGAGGGCGAGGUUCACGGAAUGUGCUGGAAGCUCUGGGGAGGGAGGCAAUAGCGAUAAGAAGUACAUGCUGGGAAAAGUGGAUGUCUCAACGGGUUUGAUCGCAGGACUCGUACAUGUACCUACGGAUGGCUGCCUCUCAUGUACCUUACCCAGUUGGCUCUGUAGCCUCGAGAUGUUAGAGUAAAAUAAAAAGUGUGUAUGAUUGGAUUGUCUGUGUCUUGGUUUGAGUGAGCGAGUAAGUGAUAUGAGAUGAGAGGCUAGCCUGGCCUUUUAAAAC